GAGAAAUUUCUUCAAAUCCCCACUUAAUUUGACAGUUUGAUAAUUCAAUUUAGCGCAGCACUCAUUUCGCAUAAUCAAUGCGCCCAAUUAUCUUUAAUUAUAAAUCCUCUUUUGCAGGAGGCUGCUAACACAUCUACACACAAACAUACCGAUACAUAAACUCAAUUGAAAAAUGCAAAUGUCAAUAACAGCUUCAGCACGUAAACGAAAAUUGACAUGCGAAUGACCUGCUGAUACAAUUUAUGCGACCGAGCGAGCGAGCGGCGUGAGUGCCGGACAUAUACACAUACAUACAUACUCGUAUGCAUACACAUCCAUGUUGAUAAUUAGCGCAAUCAGUUAAAUGUCAUUCCACUAUUAUACGUGCAGGCGAAUUGAUGCUGUCAAUUGAAUGCAACCAUGCACGCACGCGACUAAAAAAUAAGGCAACACCGCAGUGGGUGAGGGCGAGCACGUGGGCGUUGACGUUAGAAGGCAAGAGGCAGGAGGCAGGAGGCAGGUCAUGCGGUGCAUUUGCAUUUAAUUCGUGCGCACAAAACAAACACGCAGAAGUGUUGUUGUAAUUUAAUUUUGACAUUUUUGAAAUUCUGCACCAACGCCGAAAAUCACUUAACGCCGCCAAGUUGGAAGGAAAAAAACUAUUCAGGGCUGUUAAUAAUAUUUUAGCCGGCUCGAGUUUUGCCCGGGAACUCAGGCAACUAAUGACGAGAAACACUACUGUCGGCGUGGAUGACACGUCUAUUGGUGGCGCCAGUGCGGAAUCACAGCAGCAAGAGCAGCUUGAAAGCACAGCUUAUCACGAGCAACAGACCAGCUACAGCAUGCACGCCACAGCGUCAACCGUAGCCGCAACGACAACACAGCAGCAAACCAAUCAAAACCAAAACCAACAAACAAACAGCGCCGACACCGAAUGCGCAUCAACGCGACGUCGCAGUCGGCAUGUGCCUGCACUAACGCUGGAGGAUACUUAUAGCCAACCAGCGCCAGCAGAAACGGAAGAGUAUGAUGAUGCGGAUGAAGAGGAUGAUUUUGAAGAUGGCGUUGAUGGCGAAAAUGAUUAUUAUGAUGAAUCGCCAGUGCAGCGCAGCGCAAGAUUCUUGCAGCCCAGCAAGCAGCAACAGAGAAAACACGAAUUGCAAGAACAGGCUGCCUCCAGUGCGGCGAAAGGGAGCGCUAAGCGUGUAAAACGUCGCAUUAAGACGACACGUCAAUUCUCGCAACGCACCGCUUCCACCGAGUCGACAGAUAGUGGCGUACGUCCGUGCAUAUCGAAGGGACAAAUGCGUGAAUUCCGCGAAGCAUUUCGUUUAUUCGACAAAGAUGGCGACGGCUGCAUAACGAAGGAGGAAUUGGGCACCGUUAUGCGUUCAUUGGGUCAAUUCGCACGUGUUGAGGAGUUGCAAGAAAUGUUGCAGGAAAUCGAUGUGGAUGGUGAUGGUAAUGUUAGCUUUGAGGAGUUCGUUGACAUACUAUCCAACAUGACGUAUGAAGACAAAUCAGGUCUCUCAUCGGCUGAUCAGGAAGAACGUGAGCUACGUGACGCUUUCCGUGUGUUUGAUAAACACAAUCGUGGCUACAUAACAGCUUCAGACUUGAGAGCGGUGCUGCAGUGUUUAGGCGAGGAUCUGGAUGAAGAAGACAUUGAGGAUAUGAUUAAGGAAGUCGAUGUUGAUGGUGAUGGUCGCAUCGACUUUUACGAGUUCGUACAUGCCUUGGGCGAACCCGAAGAUUCACAAGAGAUAGAUGAGGACAUUGAGGAGGAAAAUACUACUUCACCUUUGCCAACACCAAAAUCGGUCGUCUCGAUGACUUAUGAUUGAACGAACCCAGCAGCAAUUUGGCAGCUAAAAACGAAGAAGAUUAACGAAAAUACAAAGGUAAUAAAAAUGUAUGAUAAUAAAAUUGCAAAUAAGCAAAUUUUACAGAAAAAUUAUUUUGCUUCUCAAAAACUUGUAGUUUUGUCGAGUUGACAACACAUUAAACAAAAAUUAUCCUAAUUCAAAUUAAAUAAUCAAAAUAGCUGCAUACUCGUACAUACUUAAAUGAAACAUUUUAACUUAGAAAUGCAAUAUUGUAAGUAAGAAUACAUAUUUAAAAUUAAGUUGACAAAAAUCAAAAUUUGCAUACUUCGUAAUGUAGAAAAUUAUUUAAUAAAUUUUUAAUUAAACAAAUACUAAUUAGCUAAACAAAAUCUCUAUAGGCUAAAAU